AUGAAAAGCUUGUAUGUCUUCUUCUCAUCCUCCGUUCGACUUUGGGAUGUCUUGAAGAAGUAUCUGCCUAACCUGUUGCUGAAGCCACUGAGCGAUACUGGGUGGGAAAGUAGCAUCAAUGACCUUACUCCACCAAGGUUGAAGAUUGGAGACAUUUAUGGUGCACUGGUUCAGAUAUCAGAAAAAUUCAAUGGUAAGACCACUCAUGAAACAACGUCACUUAGAUUCAAUCAACUGAAAGCUCAUUGUGAUUAUUUUGAUUUUCUCUAUGACAUUGAUGAGCUGAAGAAUGCACCUCCUGACAGCCUGGACACAAAGUGUAGAAACCUCGCAGUGAUUUUGCAAGAUCAUGAGUCAAGCGACAUUGAUGCACUGGAGUUGAGAGAUGAACUAAAAGUGCUUUCAGCAUUGUUGAAACCUGGAAUAGGUGCAAAAGAGAUUCUGAAGUUUGAGGGAAGACAUAAAUUUUGGCCAAAUGUUAACAUUGCUCUGAGAAUUCCCCUAACACUCUCAGUGACAGUUGCGAGUGGAAAGAGGAGUUUCUCAAAACUGAAAUUGAUGAAGACGUACCUCCGCUCAAUGAUGAACAAAAUUCAUUUGAACGAUCUUGCAACAAUAUCGAUUGAGAAUGAGCUGGCAGAGGACUUACAUUACACAGAUCAUGUGAAAGAGUUUGCACAAGCAAAAGCUAGGAAGGAUCAAUUUGUCUAG